CUGUCGUCGUUGUCGUUGUAUCGCGGAAUGCAUAAUCGCGUCAUUUCUGUACUAAAAAAAUUCUCUACUUUUCCGCCAUUUUGAAAGCUGUGAGUGGGGAUUCAUGUUUUAAAGGGACGCGUUACUUCUGAAAAUUUAUCAAAAAAUCCAAUUUUCCACCACAAAAAUCCUCAAAAAAACCCACAAAAUCAACAAAUAAAACAAUUCCACAUCGAGUGCUUGUCGAAAAGUGUUUGUGUGCUUAAAAAACGUCCAGAUAUUCCAUUAAAGAAAAAAGAAACUCAGAUCGAGAAAAAGAAUUCAGAAAAAUAAAAUAUAUCCUCCGAAAGAAAAAAUAAGAAAAUCAAUUCGGAUCGGACGUUAUUGAGGCAUUUCACCAUGAAGGGAUUCGAUCGCGAAAAGCUCACCCUUCAUUUUUAGCCACACGACGAUUUGAUUUGAAAUUGAUACAAAUGAAAAAAAUAAACUAAAAUCAAUUAAAAAAAAUAAACAUUCAAAUAAAUAAUAGAAGAAAAAAAACUCCAUUAAACGGAUAUCACAAAAGAAAAAUACAUUUUGCCAUCAUCGUCUUAAGUGAAUUUUCUAUGUUCGCGCAUCAAAAAAUAAACAUAUAUAAUUCAAUAUAUAUUUAAUAAAAAGAAAACAACCGACAAAAACAUACACAACAAAAUAAAUCAGGUUAUAGAGAGCACAAAAUAACACCACUCAUUUUAUAGAUUUGUCAACAUUCAUUCAAGUGAAGUCGACAUUUUUAAUUCCUUCAUUAUUCUGUUAAUUUUUGUUUUCAAACAUUAUUUUUUUGUAAUAAUUAAAUUUAAUUUUAUUAUUUUUUGUUUUAAUUAUCAUACUUACACACAUACGCUCGCACACACACUCUGACAUACACACAACCUCACACGAAUAUACAAAAACAAAAACUCUCAAUCAUUACAUCAAAAUAACAGAAAACAUUAAAACAAAAUUGCUUAAAUCAUGGACAAGUCUAUGAUGUUACCAUCAAAGCGAUCGCGCUUAGACGUUAAGGGACCGUUUGCUAAUGGGCCUCUGCAGGCACGACCGCUUGUUGCUCUGCUAGAUGGCCGGGAUUGUUCGAUUGAAAUGCCAAUACUUAAGGAUGUUGCUACAGUUGCGUUUUGUGAUGCUCAAAGUACAUCUGAGAUUCACGAAAAGGUUCUUAAUGAGGCAGUCGGAGCCCUCAUGUGGCACACGAUCAUUCUUACAAAAGAAGAUUUGGAAAAAUUCAAAGCACUCCGUAUUAUUGUACGCAUUGGAAGUGGUACGGAUAAUAUUGAUGUAAAAGCUGCGGGUGAAUUAGGUAUUGCGGUGUGCAAUGUGCCUGGCUAUGGUGUUGAAGAAGUUGCCGAUACAACAAUGUGUUUAAUCUUAAAUUUAUACCGAAGAACCUAUUGGCUUGCUAAUAUGGUUCGAGAAGGAAAGAAAUUCACAGGACCCGAACAAGUUAGAGAAGCCGCCCAAGGAUGCGCCAGAAUUCGAGGUGACACUUUAGGAUUAGUUGGACUAGGAAGAAUCGGAUCUGCCGUAGCCUUGAGAGCAAAAGCUUUUGGUUUCAAUGUUAUAUUCUAUGAUCCAUAUCUUCCGGACGGCAUUGAUAAAUCCCUUGGUCUAACACGAGUCUAUACAUUACAAGAUCUUCUAUUCCAAUCAGAUUGUGUGUCGUUACAUUGUACCCUCAACGAACACAAUCAUCACUUAAUUAAUGAAUACACAAUUAAACAGAUGAGACCUGGUGCAUUUUUAGUUAACACUGCAAGGGGCGGUCUGGUCGAUGACGAAAUGCUGGCGCUUGCACUAAAGCAGGGAAGAAUAAGAGCUGCAGCUUUAGAUGUUCACGAGAACGAACCUUUUAAUGUAUUCCAAGGAGCCUUAAAAGAUGCUCCAAAUCUUAUAUGUACACCACAUGCAGCCUUCUUCAGCGAAGCAUCUGCUACAGAAUUACGUGAAAUGGCAGCAACUGAAAUUCGACGGGCGAUUGUCGGCAAUAUUCCAGAAGUUUUGAGGAAUUGUGUUAAUAAAGAAUACUUUAUGCGAACACCUGCAGCUACAGCAGUUGCUGCUGCGGCCGCUGCGGCAGUCUACUCCGAAGGAUUAAAUGGAGGAUAUUAUGCAGGCGCACUGCAACAAGCCCACAGCACAACACCCCACGAAGCACCACACAGUGCAGGGGCACAUGCUCCUCCAUCUGUAAAUCCCUCUCCAGUAUCAGCACCGCCAGUGUCAGCUGUACCACAGCCCCAGGUUGGACUUCAACUUGGACUUGUGAGUAAAUCGCCGCUGAGUGCACCCGAUCCUAAUAAUCACCAUUCGACUAAGCCAGAGCCGUCAGAGGUCCAAUAGUUCAAAAACGCCAAUUAUAUUACUAAUUAAAGCAAAACAAGUGAACACCAUAGCUGUUGUAAGUCAUCAGAAAAGAACAAAACAAACAAAAAUUAAUAAUAGAAACACCGCAGGAGCCGUAAUAAGGAGAAAAAUGUAUUAAUUUUAUUUUAAAUAUUAUAAUUUUGUUUUAAUUUUCUUUUCUUUUUACAAAGAAACACAAAAACAAUUUUAACUUCUCUAUUUCCAACAAAGAACAAAUUCGUUUCUCUCCCAAAAAAUAAAACUAAAAAACAAAAACAUUAUUAAUAACAAAAGAAAAACUGCAAUACUUGACUUAAUUUCGCUUUUGCAUUAAAAAUUGUCAUUUAUUUGUUUCUUUUUUAAUUAUUAGUUUUGAUUAUACCUACUAGUUAAGAAAAUGUUAUAAAGAAAAAAUGUAAUAUGAGAAAAUAGAAAAAUUUAGACGAACAUUUAAAACACCAAAUUUUCAACAAAAGAAAAAAAGAGUAAAAUGCAUUAAAUUUCAGUUUUAACUUUUAAUUACAUAUUAAUUAAUAAAAACAAAAUUAUUAUUAAACAAAGAAUUAGAUUAACGAAUUAUAAAAAUUAAUAAUAAUAAUUUAGCUUUUUCCUUGUUCCAACGACUUCAAUAACAAAAAUACCGAAACACCACUUUUAAUUUUUGUCUUUUUUUUUUCAAUUCAUUCACGAUUAAUAAAUUAUAUAAAUUACAUAUAUAAAUAUUAUUAAUGAUGCAUGAUUGAGAAAAUCAAUUAUAAAAUUGUAAAGCCCUCCCCUCUCGAGACGUGUGUGCCUCGCUAAGGCAAGGACCUUUCUUUUCUUCUUUUUUUUUUUUGAACAAAAACAAAAAUGUUCUUUAAUUUUUCUUUUAUUAUUAAUUUUUUCUUUUUUAAGAAUUCGUAGAUACAUGUAAUUUUAAGUUCUUAAGUAGACAACAAUAUUAAAUAAAAAAAAGUAUAUAUUAAAAACAAAAACCUAUUUGAGAUACAAGUAAAAAAAAAUCCUUUAUAUAAAUACUAACGAAAAAGAAAGUCUAUAUAAAUAAAAACAAAAACAAUAAAGAGGA